CGCGUGACGCAAACUCAAUUUGUUGUUACCACGAGGACAUUGUUUUCAUCGAAAUCGAAUAAAACAGAUAUAAAAUUAUUACACAGCACAGUUAUCGCGCAAUUGCUCAUCCUCUGUACACGUGCCACCUAAUUAUCUGUUUGCGGUUGACUUGUGAACCUACGAGAGUGUUAUUUUAUUUGCAACAAAUUAUUGCUUGUUAUUGUUGUAUUUAAAGGAAGUGAGGCUUUCCUUUCGUGAUAAACAUGCAUUUACGGACAUUGGUGUUAAUUUGCGUGCUUUCUUUAGCUUUUGGACAGGACAGGAAGAUAACUCCAUUAUUAAACCCUGACUGCAAAGCAUGCUCGUCAAACACAACCCUCGUGUACAUAAAGGCGGAAGGCUCCCACAACACCAUACACCAGCUCUGGGACUUCACGCGGGGGACUCCGACCAUCAUCUACGCAGUCGCUGGUGUCAACUCGUCUCUGCAAGUUGAAUGGGCACAUGACAAGCCGGUCAAGUUCAAUAUGUCUGAGGAGCCAAGUUAUAGCUUCGCUAUGGCUAUUUCUGAAAUAUACGAAUACAACGAUCUAGAAGACCGAGGCCAUCCUAACAGCAGCACCAAGUUCAGGCGUUACCCUCUAAAGGAGCUGAACUGGGCGCGGCAAGACAGUGUGCUGACUGAGCAGGAGGCCAUGCUCGUGAUGCAGGCGGACAAGUACAGUCGGCAUAGGAACGGGACUGUCGCUAUUAAGCUCGACCUCCUGCCAUUCCGUGACUACGCCACACUACUACCUCACCUCAUCCACACAGCCAACUCAACGUUAAUAGACGUCCAACUAGCCAACCUGACGCAGUCGCGCGACUUUAACGCGUCGCGAUUCGCGCUGCGACUGAUCCUGGUCGCGUCGGACGCCAACGGUACAUUGUCGCGGCGAGUGGAGAAGAGUUUGGACGACGAGCACACGCCUGGGGUGUUCGAGAUCAUCGAAAUCAAAACGCCCCGGUGUGUCACCACCGGCGCGGGCGGAUACAUGCAGUUUCGACCCGUCGCGUACACGCAGAAGGAACGCAGCGUCACCUCGUCUACCGUCGUACACGUGUCGGAUUUCAACAGUACACACAUAGUUCUGCCGAACACGUUGUCCCGGUUCUACCCUGACAUCGACGAGAUGCUGAUAGAAGACAUGAUCGUGUCAUUCGGCGAGCCACAGGACGGGUUCUACAGGCAACACAACUAUACUGCUUGGUCCACAACGUUCGGUUACGGCGCUCCACCCGUCGAAACCUUCUCUCUAUUCGUCAUCCUAGUGAUCACCAUCGGGUUAUCCGUGCCAGUUCUACUGGCGCUCUCAGGCGUGGUGUACGUGGUGUCGCGGAGGUGCCGGCACGGGAACGAACCCACUAGGCUGCGGGAGGAGUGACUAGCGGGCUUCAGGCUGCUAAGCCAGGACGAUGUCGAGGACUCAUAAAUUAUUAGUGAAAUAAUAGCGGAAAAACAGCGAGUGGAUUAAAAAGUGCAAAAGUUACGUUAGUGGCGCGGUCGCUAUGUGAGGUUGCGUUCAUUUUAGUUGGCUUUAAAACCUGUUUUAUUUUGAUGAUUAACAAGCGUACGAGCCUGAUGUUAAACGGAUACCGCAGCCUAUGAACGCUAGUUUGUAUAUUUAUACGCGACUUUAUUGUCAAGGCGUUUGAGUGCAUAUUUUGAAAACAAAUUUGAUUUUGACUUUACUACAGAAUACUGUUGUGUUAAGGUAAAGUUAUAUAAAAUAUGGACGAUACUUAUGUUAUGGCUGAUCUCUCGUAUUGGUUAAUUUAAUGGUAACAUUUGGGAAUUGUUUUCUUAGUACCCAGAAUUAAAGCCAGUUAUGUGUUUUUUCCUUAAUUAAAUUACUAAAGAAAUUGUUGCAAUGAAUAAAUACAAAUAGUUAAUUAUGAUAAUCGAAAUUAGAAUAACCUGAAAACAUUCAUAAAUGUAUGCCUAUCGAAGUACUUGUCAUAGAUAAUCAAUCUGAAAUGCUAGAAAUGUAUAUAAAAGAAUAAAAAUGUAUAUUUACUGUAAAAAAAUAUUUAGUCGAGUAAAGUGAUGUUCCUGAUUUAUUUUUGUAAAAUAAUAUAUCAUAUAAUGAAUAUACUAAAACAUACACAGGUCUCAAGCUGUAAUAACACUAAUACAAAUGUUUGAACAUUUAGUGACCUUAUGUAUUAUAUAUGUACAUGACUCAGCACCAGCAGAGGGCCUACCGCGAAUACCGAAGUUCGCAAAUUGCGGAUAUCUUUCUCUCGUCACUCUCUGUUACGCCUUAAUUGAAAUAAAAGAAAAAGAUGCCCGCAAUUUUCGAACGAAAUUGUUAAACGUUAUUUCAAGAGUCUAUAUUUUGAAAUGUAUUUUCCUCGCCUCCUUUUCAGCUAGGGCAAUAAUGCUUUCGUAUGUCUGUCCGACAGUUUUCCUCUACAGUACCCGUACCACGAGUCACUGACAGUGUUAAAACUAACAUAUACGCUAACGUCUACGUAAUUUACUUUCUAUACAUUUCGCUCGCACUAAUAUGUGAGUACGAGUGAGAUGCAUAGAAAGUAAGUUACGUUGUCGAUAGCGUUUAUGUCAGUGCCAAACUGGUGGUAGCCACACAGGUAGCAUUUCUCGGAAGAUUCUCGAAAAAUCUCAGGGCCAAUAGUUGCUUGAACUAUAACUAUUAAGUGGUAUCCAGACGGGCCUGAUCAAAUCGACCGAUUUGAUCAGGAAAAUAAUUGGCGCCAAUCUCCAAUUUAAUCACCAAUUUUAGAUUUAUGGUGAUAUUAGAGCCCUCUAAAUUGAAAAAAUGCCCCAGAACGAAAAUACUGGUCACAAGUUGGUAUUCUUGCGUCGGCACCUCAUUUUAUCGGUAAUAUCGGUCAUUAUCGGCGGUUGAAUACGGCGAGCGUGAAAUUGGUGUUUGCGUCUGCACGUCCUGAUUCGAUCGGGCAAUUUAAUCAGAUUUUUUGUCUGGAUACCGCUUUAGAAAUUAUAAUAUUAGUGUGAGUGAAUAUAAAAAGUGCCUGCAUUGUGUAAAAAUGUGUAUAAAGAGUAGACUAAGUCACCAAAUGUAUAUUUGAUACUUAGUUUUGUUCAUAGUUUUUCUUUAAAAUAUUCCAUAAUCUUUUUUUAUUUGCAGACAAAAUCGAUCAUUAAAAAAAAUAUCAGCAUGUAAUAAUUCAUAAAACCGUGAAAAACUGUAAGAAAAUGAAGUUUUAUAUAUUUAUAUAAUAAGUAACAUUAGAUGGAAAAUAAUAGAAUAUAAUAAAGACCAUUGAAAUUGAAUGCUAUUAAACUUAAGUAGGUACUUAUAGCUAAUACUUCCAUAAAAUAUAUCUGUCUAUAAUAUGUCCGAAAAUACUUUCAGUCCUAAUUCUAAUAGAAUGUGAUGUAUUAGUAUUUUUAGUUUAAUUAGAAAUCGAAAAAACUUUCAUUAAUUGGUCUCGACGUAAGAAAAGGUUGGAAACCUCUAGACAAGUUGGAUAUUGUGCACAAAAACUAACAAUUGUAUAAUCAUAAGGGUUUUUUUUAAAACACUACCUAAUAUUUUAUUUCUGACGAAUUUACGUUUAAUAAGUAAUUGUAUUUUGAUGUGAUAUUAAUCUGACUUAUAGUCAACGUGUAUAUUAGAUGAAUUAAAUAUAUUAUAAUUUUAA